AUGCUCGCUCCGGCUGGAGGAAUGCGGAACCUUCCCCCGUGCAAAGCGGUCUUGCCGGCGUCGCUGUUGCCGGCGCCUUUGGAGAAGAGAUGCUGAACGGAGGGCGGGCGAAAGGACACCACCCUGCCAUCCCCCCACCCCACCCCACCCCUAAGUCCUGCUAGCCCCCCCGCCCCACAGAGCAGGGUGGUGGCGGCGGCGGCGUCCUAAAUGAAGCAUCUCUUCCCAAUCUCCAAUCCUUCCCUCUCCUCCCUCCUGGCUUGUAAGUAGAAGCUCCCCCCGAUCAGCAAAGAUCGCUGAGGAACACCCCCCCCCAUGGCGAAAGAGAAGAGCAAGAAGGCUUUGCUGGGCUUGCUCCAGCAGGAGGGCAACGACGCGUGUGCGGACUGCGAGGCGCCCGAUCCAGACUGGGCAUCUCAUACUUUAGGAGUGUUCAUCUGCUUAAAUUGUUCAGGGAUCCAUCGCAACAUCCCACAUGCCAGCAAAGUUAAAUCUGUCCGUUUGGAUGAGUGGGAUAAUGCACAAGUUGAGUUUAUGGCUUCCUGUGGAAACAAUGCCUCAAAAGCAAAAUAUGAAUCAAAAAUCCCACCAUUUUAUUACAAGCCAACUUUUUCUGACUGCCUGCUGCUACGAGAACAAUGGAUCAGAGCCAAAUAUGAAAGGAAAGAAUUCAUUUACAUUGAGAAGCAAGAGCCUUACUCUGCAGGGUACCGGGAAGGAUUUCUUUGGAAGAGAGGCCGUGACAACGGACAGUUCUUGAGCAGGAAAUUUGUGCUUUCAGAACGGGAAGGCGCCCUAAAGUAUUACAACAAAAAUGACGCAAAAGAACCCAAAGCAAUUAUGAAGAUUGAGCAUCUGAACGCCACUUUCCAGCCUGGCAAAAUUGGGAACCCACAUGGACUGCAAAUCACAUACUUGAAAGACAACAGCACAAGAAACAUCUUUGUUUACCAUGAAGAUGGCAAGGAAAUGGUGGACUGGUUUAACGCCAUCCGUGCCGCUCGAUUCCAUUACUUACAAGUGGCAUUCCCCGGAGCGAGUGAUACUGAUCUGGUGCCAAAGCUUUCUAGGAACUACUUGAAGGAAGGUUACAUGGAGAAAACCGGACCAAAGCAAACAGAAGGCUUCAAGAAGCGUUGGUUCACCAUGGAUGACCGAAGGCUAAUGUAUUUUAAAGAUCCUCUGGAUGCCUUUGCAAGGGGCGAAGUUUUCAUUGGAAGCAAAGAAAACAGCUACAAGGUCUUAGAAGGGCUCCCACCGUCUAUCCAGGGAAACCACUGGCAGCACGGAAUAACCAUCGUGACCCCAGACAGGAAAUUUCUUUUUGCCUGCGAGACGGAAAGUGAUCAGCUGGAGUGGAUUUCAGCUUUCCAGAAAGUGAUAAGUAGGCCCAUGUUGCCACAGGAAUAUGCAGUGGAAGCCCAUUUCAAGCACAAACCAUAGCAGUAUCAGGCUGGACAGAACCAAGGAAUGAAAAUUUGUUUACAACACAAUCAACAUGGUUUGUUCUUUGUGAUGUGAGCAAUGGCAACAUACUCAGCAAAUCACAUUGGACUAACAAGAUGGGAGGUGCUAACAAUGGCCUCUGUGCUGGGAACGAUGGUGUUGCAGAGCCAAAGCAGACACUGUUUUUUAAAAACGUUGCAUAUCCUAAGUGAGAGGUGAUAUGGUUCUUACAUCUCAGGCUGUCCGAGGCACUCCCCUUAGUGACAUUGUCCGCCAUGCCUCACUACAUUAGGUAAGAAAUGAUCCUGGAGGCUUAGCAUGGGAGAUUUGGAAGGAUACUUACACCAUCUUCUUCCUGGCUAACCUGUAAUGAUAACAACACCCUUGUCCAAAACUGUUUCCUGAAGGGUUUCAUAAUCUCCAGUGACCAAGGAUAUCUUUUUCAGUGGAUGGCAGCCAUUAACUCGACACUCAUGGAGAGAUGGCAUUCAUUAGGUCCACUGUCCACUGUGUCUAGAGAGAACCAGCAUGAAGCCAAAAAGGCAUUGUGUGUGAUGCUGACAUUUCAACAAAGGACCAACCAUCAUCUUGCCAUCAUAUCCCACGAGGAGUCACUUUAUAGAACUAUCCAUUACAUGCUCAUUUGCUGGUGGGUUGCUUCUUAUGUCCUUGUGUUGCUUCAUAGAAGGUCCAUGUCUGCUUGAAGAGAUGACUUUUGUCAUGAUGUUUUGCUGUGGGGGCUCAUAAGGGGGAAGGCAGGAGAAGAGAUCUUAUUAGCAACGUGCUUGUAGGAACAGGACAAGGCGUUGACAGUGAAGUCAAAGGAUGGUGGCCUUUGCUAGUGAUGGGAAAAUUUUGUAUUCACUUCGCAUUUAAAGCCAUAUAGGCAUUUUCCGAAACAAUAGAACCCAAACACAGCCAUCUUUCCAAAUUUGUAUUUAUCCAACUGUUUGGUAUCCAACCAAACAGUAUUUAGCAAAAUGCAUAUAUUAAGGGUAAAUGUGCUUAACAAUUAACUAGUGAAAAUAACAUAACAAAAAUGCAUUAUAUUUGGCGAAAUUGGCACUAAAAUGCUGAAGAAUUUUUAUGAGAACUUUUAAAAGAAAAAAAUAGCAAAUUGCUGCAGAAACAUGGAGAACCGAAUAUCAGAUUGGAAGCAUGAGACACUGCAAGAACCAAAAUUAACAGAUCCCACCACUCACCUGGAGCUCCCUUGUUGUUGCCACAUCCCUGUGCUGACAAGCACACUUGCCACUGAGAUCACACUGUCCUUUGUUGUCCCCCUACAAGCCACCACUGGUGCUUGGGUGUUAGGACCUGUUCAAGUAGCAUUCAGUUGGAAAAUGUUUAUUCCAAGCCAUACAACCUGGUGUGGUUCUGAGCUGAGGCAGGCCUGCACAACUUGGUGCCGAGUCGAAAUGUUCCCUGCUAACUUUACCACCCUGUACCCAAAGAGCAGCAAAGUACAGGGCAAACUUUACCCAUGGUGGCAAUUGUGCUUGCAGCUGCUGGUUAGUGGUUUGUUUGUUUUUAAACCUGCUAGGCUCCAGAGUGAAGAUUGGAAGUCUUGCCCUCAUUCUGAUGAUUCCACUUGAAAUGACAUUGUUGUGAAGCCAGUUCAGAGUGAGGGCUGUGUUUUCCCUCACUCUGGAGUCUGAUGGAUAAUUAAAAAAAAAAGCGCACACACACACACAGCACUCAGGACUUCAGUGAGUACAGUUGAUGUUGUCACCACCAUCACAAGACAAGUGGUGGUAGCAAUGGAAAAUGUGGAGAAACUUCAUGCGACCAACUUUGCACACACAUCCCUCCUGUGCUGCUUUGUGACUUGAACAUAGCCCACCAAGUCAUAUAGAAUCUGUUUUUGCUGCCUCCCUGGGGUUCUUGACAUAGGCUAAAAUAUGUGGCUGGGUUUCUUUAAUUUUUGCUUUGAAGUCAUAGAUUGGGCAGGCCUAGUCUAAAGGACUGUGAUAAGAACUACCAUAGCUUUCUCAACCCAAGAGCCGUGUGUGUGUGUUUAAUUAGCAAAAGGGAGCCACUCAUUGUAAAAAUUAAAAGGCAAAGCAAACUUCUUCAAUAUUAAACUCUUUAUUAAUUACAAAAUUCUCACCUAUACUCUUGCACCUAUCGGAAAUACAUACAAUCCUUUGAAAUUCUCUCUCUCCCCAAAUAUGGUUGACUGGUGUGGUUUUGACAUAAACAUAAAUGAUUCCAGGCUAUGGUGGGAAGGCACCUGAGACCACCAUUUUGCUGAAGCAAAGCAGGUCUUGGUCUGGUCAAUGCCUGGUUGAGGACUGCCUGGGAACCAUAUGUAAGCCACCUUGGUUUUCUAUCAUGAAAAGAAAGGCGGGGUAUAAAUGUAACAAAUAAAUAAAAAAUAAAUUAACAUUAAAAAUUAAUUUGUGGAAAAUGAUUGGCACAAGCCAGCAAGUUAAGCAUGUUUAAGGCUGCAAUCCUAUGCACUCCUAUUUGGGAAUGUAAGCUCCCUUGGGGAAGAGCCGCAGCUCAGUGGUAGAGGAACUGCUUUGCAUGCAGAAGGUCUUGGGUUCGAUCCCUGGUAUUCCAGAUAGGGCUGGGAAAGACUGAAACUGUGAAGCGUCACUGCCAGUCAGUGUAGACAAUAUUGAAGGACCUCUGGCCUGACUGAGUAUAAGGCAGUUUCCUAUUAUCACCGUGGGAUUUACUUAUAGGUCAACAUGCAUGGGACUGGGUUGCAUAACUUGUUUUCAAUGAAAGUUAAGCAUAUACUUAAAUCUCUCCCAUUGGAUUCCAUAGGGCUUAAAAUUGCUUGACGUUGGCUGAGUUGUACCCUAUGCUUUGGUAUUAGCAGAUGGAUUGCAAUUGCCACCUCCUUGGAAGUGAAUGGGGAAAUGUGUUAUCGAGAACAUGCACAGGGCUCUGAUCAAGGGUAUGGGCUAAUACUAGAAGGUCCUUCUGUGCUACUAAUGUGGGAAGGGGUUACAUGAGAAGCACAUUAUUCUGAGAAAGCUAGGGAACUGAGUCACAAAUUUGGUCUGCAGAAAGGGGAAUUUGCUUGAGAUGUUCGUAACAGGUGCACCCUUUCUCUUUUUUCAAUGAGUCCGUGUCCAGUCUCAGACCAAUCCUGGCUAAGUAAAAGCCCUUGCAGAAUAUUCCAUGUAUUGCUCAAAUGUGUAGGUAAGAUGUUUGUCAUGCAGUUUUGCUUGCUUAGCUUUGUGGAGAUAUUGUUAGCCUUACAAGAAGUUUGAUAUGUUUCAGUCCAGUCUGUCAGCAAGGUGCACCUUUGGAAUUUGUGCGGUGGAGCAGGGUAAAAGAGACAAUCAAUGGGGACCUUUAAUCAGAGGAGGUUGUGGAGUAAACUGAGGGAGCAUCCCAGAAUCUCCUGCCUGGAUGAUUGACAUAAGUGAGCCAUGCCAUAUGCCACUUUGUUCUAGAGGUUUCUGUGCAAAUUAAUUUGCAGAUUUACAGUGUGACCCUAAUUAGGUCUGUUCAGAAGUAGGGACAGAGGAGAAAUUCAAUUUAGUUCUCAUUUAAAGGUGAAUUCACACUUUCCAAAACAAUACGAGAACCAAAACAGAGCCAUCCUUUGAAAUAUGCAGUGUUUACAAAAAUGUGGAGAACUGAAUUUAGGAACUAGGAAAAGGAGAAAUUGACAGACCCAUCCAUCCCUACUCAGGAGUAAAUCCUAUUGCAGGGUUAGUCAGCCAAGGAGAGGGCAAAGAGUGGGUGGUGGCUUCCUUUAAAGCCUUUAUGCAGGUUCCUUCUGAAUGCCUCCCCUCCCCCUCCCCCCAGUUGGUCUCAAGCCUGCUGCCUGCUGGAGUCAGCCCAGCUGGUGGACAUGCUGCUGUCUUUCUGACAAGGCACAUAGUGGCCAUGUUGUGAAGAAUGUCAUGCUUCAUCUUUGUAGAAAACUCGAGUUGCCUGGACUGCUUGGUUUUUGUAUGGUUUUAGUGACGUGAGUGAAAAUAAUGUUUCCAAUGAUGGAUUUCUGUUUUUGUAAAAGGAAAUAGCACAGGAGCCCUUGUGCAUUCCAAACAAGUUAAUUAAAUGUAGACGAAAUGCAAUUCAAAUAGGCUGCAGUGUUGGUCCAUGGAAGAGCCUACCCAAGCUUGGGUAGAGCAAGACAGGCUUGGUAAAGAAAACCUAACAGGGUCGGGGGCUGCCUCAGAUGACCUUUUUACUAGGCAUUCCUCUUCAUUUGUUUGCACAAAGCUAACAUGGAGGUUACAUGAAGUCCACUUUUCACUGAGCGUUUGUUCCGAUUUAUUUGCAGGGAGGUUAUACAGCAACAAGCAUUCGUCCUGAUUUGCUGGAAGUUGGAUGUCUUCCCUUCAGUUGAUUGCUAUCCCGCACAUUUUAGCAGAUUCACUUUCGUUGCACAAAAACUAAAUAUUCAGGAUGUAAUUGAAUCCCUUCCGCAAUAUAGGGACAGUCUGAGGUGGCCAUGUGUGCUUAAUCCCCUUGAAGCCAGAGGUCCUGAAGCUCAUCUAGAUUUUGUGCAGGAUUCUGUCCCAACAGUGGCAUGGUAAGGAUUGACGGGUUGACAGAAAUUGGAAGUAGCACCUAUUCAAACACUUUAGCCCAGGAGUUCCCAAAUUGUGGUCCGCGAGCUUCAUGCAGGUGGUCGGUGGCAUGUCUGUGGAUUUGUGGUUGAAGACAGCAUCACAUGAAAUAUUCCUAUUUUAAAAAAUUGUAUUUUAUUGCUUUUAUUUCUUGUGGUACCGUAAAUAACACAUUUUAUUAUGGCAUAAAUGUUUGUAGAUUAGGCUCCACUUUACCAGAUGAAGGGUAAUCUUCAGCCCUAGAUGGAUGUAGUAAGUGGGCAGAGGGGGAGUAGCAAGUGGCGAGGUCAGAGGGAAAUGAAAUGCAAAAAGGAUAGUGACAGUGCAGUUAUUGAGUGUAUGCACAAUAAGCACAGAGAGCUUUGACUGCACUUAUCUUGCAUACAUUCUAGCUCCUUGUUACUAUCCACACUUGAUGCAUUUUCUUUCCCUCUGAUCUCACUGCUUUACUCCUUCCUUUUUUGCUUGAAGGUAGGUAGGGGUGUGUUUGUGUACACCUUAACCCACAGGCCCCACUUGCAUGUCACGCUAAGCCAAAUCAGGGCUUAGUGCGAAUGGGUUGGCUCCCAAGGAGAUCCAAGACACUUUGCUCCCUUCCAGGCUUUUGGGGUCAGUGUAGUCCUAGGCCAAGGUUUAGCUUGCUGCAAGGGGUGGGGAACCCUCUUGGCUCCAUGGGCCACAUCCUUAGCAGGAUUUGCUUUGUGGGCCAAAUUUGACAGGUGGGCAGGGGCUGAUGCCUGCACUGCCCCUCCUUUUGAAAAAGCAGCUGGGUUCAAGAAAUGCCAUGUCAAUUUCCUGGAGCAAUGUUACACCAAACGCAUUCUGGAAAAUUAAAAUGGCAGCACUGGGAUUGAGCUUUCUGUUGCUGCUGCCUCCACCAGGUAUACCCACCAGGAACCCCUGGCAUAGGAAGGGGGACCUCUGGAAGGCAUUCUGCCAACUGCCUCCUCUAACCUAAAGCUGGUCUUGCAUUUCCCAACUCUGCUUAAAUGAAGCAAUCCCAGUAAUGACAAUAGUAAUAAUUAUUGUUUAAAAACUAAGCACUAUACAAGUGGACAGCAUCUAAAACAUGUUAGGAAGCAAAGGUCCUAUAGAUUUUGUGCAAGAUCCAUUAGCUGCAAAAGGCGGAAGCCCAGGACAGGGAAAGCCAAUGUGGCAUUCUGAAGUUGCUGUGACUAGAGCUCCCAUGGUGCCUGAUAAUUGGCCAUAGGGGCUGGGACUAGCGGGAUGAAUACACAACCCCUCAUCUGAAGGGGAGUACAUUGGCUAUUUCUGGCUCAGGGUAUGGAGACACAGAGCUUUCGUGCUACUUUUUUUAAUGUGUGAAAGGCCACUGCAGCAAUUCAUAGAUUUUGCAGCUGCAAGAGGACCACCCCAAUGAAUGAACCUUUGCUGGGAUUCCGAAAGUUAGCAACUGUUUCUCCACUCCCCCCCCCCCCCCGGUUGCAUUUGUUCUUCAGGAAAUAUGGUAAUAUGUCUUAUGCUAUUGCAAGCCACAUAUACCCUCUUCUGGCUCUAGCUGUAUUUAUCUUUCUAUUAUAUGAAUACUGACAGAUUUAGCAGAGUAGAAUCAAUGCCAGCCUUCAUCCUUUGCCAACAUCUGCUCAUUCUGCCACUUGGUUGGUGCUUCAUCUCUUUCUUCCCCCUGCUGAAUUAUAUUAAUUCUCCGCAGCCUCAACUAUGACCUUCACCAAAUUUUCCACAUUAUGUACAAGACAACAUGUCCAUGGUGAUUAUCAAUACUGUGCCUAAC